AUGGUAGAAACUCGAAGUAGCAAACUUAAAAAUCAAGUCCAAAAUGAAACUGUUAUUCCCGUCAAAAGUUCUCAUAAACGUGUUGUUAAUGAAAUAACAUUAACGCCGACAAAACGUAUUCGAACAGGAGAUACUGUGACAAAUAAAGAAAUGUCAUUUAGAGAUAAAUUCAACCUUGAAAAUAAUGAAUCAGCACUUGCUAAUAUUCAUUCUUAUCUAUUAUCAAAAGCUUCCAAAAAGAAUUCUACAUUAUUAGCAAAAUAUUUUAGAGUUGAAGAAUAUGGAAUGGGAGAUAUUAUACUGGGUAUAAAAGUACCUGAAAUUCGUUUUUUGUCAAAAAGGUUGGACUUACUUCCUUUUCCAAUUCUGAGAGGUCUUAUAAAAUCAAAAUAUCAUGAAGAAAGACUAUUGGCAAUUAUUAAUGUUGUGGAAAAAUACAAAACAUCACAAGAUUCUAAAAUUCGGGAAAACAUAUUUAAUUUUUUUGUUGAAGAAAUGAUAAGUGGUGUCGAUAAUUGGGAUUUAGUGGAUACAUCAGCAAGCCAAAUAGUAGGUGCAUAUUUAAGAGACAAGCCUGAUCUUAAGAGAUUUUGGCUUUUUGAAAAAUUUGUGAAAUCGAAUCGACUCUGGGAUAGAAGAAUUGCAAUCAUUUCAACACAAUAUUUCAUUAAAUACGGAGAAUAUGAUGAUACUCUUGAAUUAGCUGGAAUCCUUCUCCAUCAACACGCGAAAGAUAUGCCAAGGGUGAUGCUUCGAUAUAGUAUUGAGAAAUUAUCGGUACAAGAACGCAAGAAAUAUAUGAAAUUAGAUAAAAAAUAG